CCGGCGGCAUGGCCUUCGCCAACCUGGUGCCUAAACUCUACAGAUCUAUAAUUGAAGAUGUAAUUGAAGGAGUGCGGGAUCUGUUUACAGAGGAAGGCAUAGAGGAACAAGUGUUAAAAGACUUGAAGAAGCUCUGGGAAACCAAAGUUUUACAGUCUAAAGCAACAGAAGACUUUUUCAGAAACAGUGUUCAUUCACCUGUGUUCACCCUUCAGUUACCACACUGCUUGCCCCCAACACUGCAGUCAACAGCAUCACUAGUUAUUCCUGCUGGUCGAACUCUUCCAAGUUUUCCCUCAGAAGAAUUGAGUCUUUCCAACUGCAGCGCAAACUUUGCUUUUCCUGGCUAUCCGAUCCAUGCACCAGCAGGUGUGGCCCUGCAGACUGCAUCUGGACACCUUUAUAAAGUCAAUGUACCAAUUAUGGUGACACAAACUUCUGGAAGGACAGAUAUUCUUCAGCAGGUCUUUCAGCAGCUCGGGCAACCUGCAGUAAUACAGACCGCUGUUCCUCCAUUGCACCCAUGUUCUCUUCAGGCAGCUCCUGAAAAAUCGCACAGAAUGGGAAGUGUGCUGCAACAGCCCACCAUUCUGCAUUCCGUGCCAAUGGACAGGAAACAUUUAGAAAAUGCCACCAGUGACAGAUGUGUCCUUUCUGGAAAUGAACAUAAAACCAUGUCUGAGGCUUUGCUGAGGCAGCAGGAGAGCUCACAGUACAUCAGUCUCCCGGGUGUGGGAUUUCCUCAUCAAGUCUCUCUGGCAGAGUCGAGCCUGGAGCCAGGGCUUGUCUCAGCUAAGGUGCCUCAACAUCUGCACAGCGGCUUCUCCAAGGGCCUUCAGGGGACUCUCAACCCUGUACCUGACACACAGCUUCAUGACCUUAACGACAGAAUGCACGGAUAUGAUUCCAUGAAGCAACUGAGAAAAACAGAGGAGCCCAACAGCCUCCCUGUGCCCGCAAAGAAUUCUAAUUCUGAGGUGGAUUUGAACAUCCAGGUAACUGAUGAUGACCUUAAUGAAAUAAUUCAGAUAGAUGGAACUGGUGACGCAUCCUCUAAUGAAGAGGUAGGAAGCAUUAGAGAUGCGGAUGAGAAUGAGUUCCCUCGGACUGCCGAUGCAGGUGAUCUGAAGGUGCUGGAGGAAGAAGCGGACAGUGCCUCAAACGAAGAUUCAACUGCGAACAGCAGUGAUAAUGAAGACCGCCAAGUAGACACUGUGGAAGAGGAUCCUUUAAAUUCUGGAGAUGAUGUUAGUGAACAGGAUGUGCCAGACCUGUUUGACACAGAUAAUGUCAUUGUCUGUCAGUAUGAUAAGAUUCAUCGAAGCAAGAACAGAUGGAAAUUCUAUUUGAAAGAUGGUGUUAUGUGUUUUGGAGGGAGAGACUAUGUGUUUGCAAAAGCCAUUGGUGAGGCCGAGUGGUAAACCUUAUGAACUCUGCACAUGAGUUUUGUGAACCUCACUGGGACUCUGUAUGUUUCGUAGCGUGACCUGUAUCUUUAUUUUAUAUAUAGUCCAUCACAGAGCUCCUCAAU